ACCACCUUCGCCUUCGCUCUCCCCAAUUUCAUCAUUAGCCAUGUCUUCUUGUCUCCUCCCGCCUUCACUACCCUUCGAUCCCCUCUCCCUUCUUCUCAUCUCGUAUGGAUUCUCCGCCGCUUUGCCAAUGCUGCUUUCAUACAAGAGCUACCAGUCAAACCCAAGAGAAUUUGUAAAAACGGGCUGUCAUAAAAAGCGAGAAUCUUUUUGUGUUUGGGAACACAGUCUUAGCUGUAAGGGUGAUGUGGGGUUCCUGGGGAUCCUCGCCAAUUUAUAUGACUGUAAUUGUAAUUAACCCGGGUCACAAAGGUUGUCAUUGCGGGGACGAAAGCAGGAAGGUAGCUUGCCUUUAUAUAUGAAAUACAAAGAAAGUGGUUGGAGAACUUAUGAUGGCACCUCCUGGGAAGGCUACUUCUUUCUACCGUCAAGGAAAUGCCUGGUUUUGCAAUGCAAGUUUGAAAAGUGACAUUUCCCUGGUUGUAGAUGGAGUUGAAUUCCACCUUCAUAAGUUUCCCCUUAUGUCAAAAUGUGGGAGGAUAUUUAAAGCACUUGAAGAAGCUCAAGGUACCCAUGAACAGACUUUUACAACAAGACUAGAAGAAUUCCCUGGCGGGGCUGAAAUAUUCUUGGUCAUCGUGAAAUUCUGCUAUGGCAAUCGGGUUGAGUUCACUCCAAGAAACAUUGUGAUAGUUUACUGUGGAGCAGACUACCUUGAAAUGACCGAUGAGUAUGGAGAAGACAAUUUACUCUCCAUUUCAGAUGAUUACUUUCACAAGAACAUACUAACAAACUGGAAAGAUUGCAUUUUGGCUCUUCAAACUUGUAACUCCAUGAUUCCAAGAGCCACCAAGCUCCAAAUCAUCAACAAAUGUUUAAACUCUCUUUCUGUUAUGGUCUGUACGGACCCAAGUCUGUUCGGAUGGCCCAUGAUGAUGUACGGUCAGUACGGAAGAUUACAAAGCCCAGGGGGUAGCAUAUUGUGGAACGGCAUAGACACAGGUGCAAGAAUCCAAGCCAAAGCAUCUGAUUGGUGGUAUGAUGACAUCUCUUAUCUUAGUGUACCCUUAUUCGAGCAAUUAAUUAGGACAAUGGAAACAAAAGGUAUAAAACCAGACCGCAUAGCAGGAGCUAUAAUGUACUAUUGUAAAAAGUACCUUCCUGGACUGAGCCGAUGGCAAAAUGGUAAAUCUGAUACAAUUAACAGAACUUUUGCUAGUCUCAGUUUGACACCUGUUGCAGUUGACCAAAAGGUUCUUAUUGAAAACAUGGUCAAUCUUUUACCCGAAAGGAAAGGAAAAUCCAUUUGCCUUUUCCUCUUGGGACUUUUAAGGGUUGCCUUGAUUUUAGGUACUAGCAGUUCUUGCCAGGAGACUUUGGAGAGGCGAAUAGGAAUGCAGUUGGAUUUGGCGACUCUAGAUAGUCUGUUAAUACCAUCCUAUUCGGAUUCUGAUACAUUAUAUAAUUCGGGCUGUGUUGAACGGAUGAUUCAGCAUUUCAUCUCUCUGCCAGUGGUCACAACUUCAUCUCCAUCUUGUGGAACGUCACCUUCAUCUCAACCUAUGUGUAGGGUUGCGAAGUUGAUAGACAACUACAUUGCAGAGAUUGCUUCAGAUUUGAAUUUGAAGCCUGAAAGGAUACGUGUGUUGGCAGAAGGCUUGCCAGACACAUCAAGGGCUCUUCAUGAUGGACUAUACAGAGCUGUGGAUAUAUAUUUCAAGGCUCAUCCUUGGCUCUCCGAGAAUGAAAAGGAACAACUUUGCAACAUCAUCAACUUCGGAAAACUAUCAAUCGAUGCUUGUGCGCAUGCUUCUCAAAAUGAAAGGUUGCCUCUCCGGAUAGUCCUCCAAGUUUUGUUUUUCGAGCAGUUGCACCUAAGAGCAGCCUUAGCUGGCUGCCUCCAUGUCGUAGACACAGAGAGUGCUAACCUUGGUCCCGCUGGUCGGGCUAGCGACAUGACUGUCAAUACUGUACAGAGAGACGUGUGGGUUUCAAUGAUGCGGGAAAACAAAGUUCUAAAAGAGAAUUUGGAGAGGAUGAGGUGUAGAGUUGGAGAACUUGAGGAGGAAUUUAGUAAGAUGAAGGUAGAGAUGAGAAAAGUUUCCAAGUCUUACAGUCAACUUAGUUCUCCCCGGUUCCUUGCCCGGAAGAUCGGGUCCAAGUUGCUUCCAGCCCGACCUUUGGAUGCUCAACCUGAUGCGGUUGGAAGUCCGGGACCCACCCCAAGAGCAUCGGUUGAGCAUCGGAAAUCUUCAUGGCCUCGGAGGAGCUUCUCAUUGUUUAGCAACAUUAUGUGAAAGUGCUUUGUGAGGUUGAAAAAAGAACAUUAUAAACCCCGUGCACAGUAUAUAGCUGAACUGAAUGAUACACUGCUACCCGGUCGAACUGGUCGAUCAUUCAUGGUCGAGCAGGUCUAAGAGGUAUCGAAGUCGGUUGCAUUGACCUAGUCAAAGUUUUUUUUGGGUCUAUACACUUGUAAACUUAUACAUACUUGUACACAUAACACUUGUCAUUAGUUUGUACUCUGUACUAUAUUUGUAUUGCAUAUUUUAUCUAUGUGAGCAAAUUUUUAAACCAUAAAGCUGGCGUGAAUGUUAUUCAAACCAUUGUACUCUGUGCCAAAUGGAUGAAGUGUUCGAUAUGUCUGUAAAUUACUACACUUGUAACUGGUAAUGCUAGUCAAAAUUUGAAUUGGGAAAAUGGAC